AUGCGUGAAAGUUUUGAUAUAAUUGUACGAAAUGAUAAAUAUACAUCGACAGUCAAAUUGUUGUACAGUGUAUCAAUUAUUCUAUUGAUCAUAUGGUUGAUCAACAUUUUACCAAGUCUUUUUCAAUGGAGAAUCAAUCAAGUCGAUCAUGAUGUAAUACCUAAAACAAUAGAAUUUUCGUGCAAUAAUAUAUCUGUUCCAAACGGGUCAGAAUCAGAUCUUGCUAGUGUAUUACACAAAAUAUAUUCCCCUAUCAGUAAAACAUCCGUUCAAAAAUACCCACUGAGAUAUAGUCUGGAAGAAAAUAGACUUGAGAAAUUAUAUGAUUCAUUGGGUGUGAAUAAGACGGUGAAGACGUUUCUCAACUAUGGGCAUCGUACAAUUUUUAGACCAAUGAACUUUUCAAAAUGUCAUGCUUCGAAAUGUGCAGUUAUCACUGACAUGAACAGAUGGCGAGAAGCUGAUGCACUUAUACUGACAGAAGAUAAAGUGCCGAAUGGAAUUCGACCUCCAGAGCAAUUAUGGUUUAGUUUAAUAGAAGAGUCGCCUGUACAUAUUGCUAUGGCAGGUACACUGGAAAAUGAAAUUAAUUACACUAUCUCCUUCCGUCUGGAUUCAACGAUUUACUCACCAUACGGUUCCUAUGAGCCAUACAUGAAGCACCAUGGACCAGAAACACGAUAUCCUUUACCUUCUAGAAACUUCGCUACUGGGAAAUCAAAGAAAGUUGCAUGGUUUGUGAGUAACUGUAUACCGAAAAGUCCAAGAAUGCAAUACGCCAAAGAACUUUCACGACAUAUCCCGGUGAAAACAUUUCUCAGCUAUGGAUCUCAGAAAAUUUAUAUACCAAAGAAAUUUUCUAAAUGUUAUGCUUCAAAAUGUACACUUAUCACCGGAAUGGAAAGAUGGCGUGAAGCUGAUGCACUUAUUUUAACAAAAGAUGAACAACCAAAUGGAAUUCGACCAAAUGGACAAUUAUGGUUUAGUCUAACACAUGAAUCUCCUAAACAUAUAUCAUUGGCAAACACACUAGAAAAUGAAGUUAACUUUACCAUAUCCUAUCGUUUUGAUUCAACGAUUUAUUCACCAUACGGUUACUAUGAACCGUAUUUAAAGUAUCAUGGACCAAAAACAAGAUAUCCUCUGCCUUCUCGAAAUUUUGCUGCUGGCAAAUCGAAAAAAGUAGCAUGGUUUGUGAGUAACUGUGCAGCUAAAAGUCCUAGACUACAAUAUGCUGAGGAACUUUCAAAAUAUAUCUCGGUUGAUAUAUAUGGCAAGUGUGGUACAAAAGUAUGUUCUAGGAAUUUGAUAAAUGAUCCUUUGUUACCUGAUUGUUUUAAAUUGAUUCGUCAGAACUACAAAUUUUAUCUGAGUUUUGAAAAUAGUUUAUGCAGUUGGUAUAUCACUGAGAAACUUUAUAAGAAUGCAUUGAAAAACGAUCUACUUCCAAUUGUGAUGGGUGCAUCGAUAGAGGAAUAUGAAAGAGUCGCUCCUCCAUACUCGUUCAUUCACGUUGAUCAAUUCGAAUCACCAGCUAAACUGGCAGACUAUUUGAAGUAUUUGGACAAGAACGAUACUGCAUAUAAUGAAUAUUUUGCAUGGCAUGAUCAUGGAAUCAUACAUGAUCGGGAUUCACAACCUCAAUGUGCAAUGUGUCUACUAGCUCAUACAUCUCAUUCAUUUGGUCCAUAUUGGGUUCCGAGUGUGGCACGAUGGUGGAAUGAUGGAUGUAAUGGUCGGAAAUUACGUUGGAAUCUAUGAAUUGUGAAUAUUGACAAUAUUAACGCAGUUGCUUUCUACUAUGUUUGACUGUGUAACAUACCCAAAUCUUUUGCUUCCUCUCCAUAUUGACUUCGCUUCAUGUUCUUUUUUACAUUCGCCAAUAAUCUUGAACUGAAUCAAUCUGUAAAUAAAAUAAUAUAUCUGUAAUUGGAAUUUAACAAAUCAAACCUUUGUAAUUGAUACCUACUGAAUGAACCUUCAUUUAUACUUGAACCUGCAAAUAAAUUCUUUAAGUAAUCGAUCAUUA